AUGGAGCCGAUGGAGGUGCCGGAGAACCCGAGUAUCAUGCUCCCCCGGAAGAUCAGCUCGGCUACGCGGCAAACCCAUCGCGUCAAAGCGAAGGCCGCAAAGAGGAGAAGCUCAAGAAAUGGUUGGCCUCCGAUGGGCCUGGAGGUGGCGUUGGGCGUGGAGGUCGUGGCGGACGAGGCGGUCGUGGCGGACGCCGCCAGACGGGCAUUCCCACGUGGCGGCGACAAUGGAUCCGCUGCGUCCCCCUCCCUGCCCCCCGCGAGCUCCCCUGGCGAGGACAAGGCGGCGGCGGCGUCCCCUCCCGCGCCCACCGACACGUCCCCGCUCCCGUCUCCCACCGAGGCCCCCUCCUCCGCCGCGCACUCGCCGGCCCCGGCGCCGUCGUCGUCCCUGCACUCCGCCGCCGCGCCGGCCCCUGCUCCUGCCGCCGACAAGGAAGGCGACGACGACGACGAUUACAGGAAGAAGAAGGUGAAGGCCCCGGCGCCCGCCCCGGCCGCGAUGGAGGUGAAGGCCGGCACGGCCGGCGCCGACGAGCAGCGGGCGGUGGACGCGGAGAGGCGGGACGGGGAGGGCGAGAUGAACGGCGGGAAGAAGGCGGGCGUGGUGGUGGGCGUGUUCUCGGCGGCGGCGGUGCUGUGCCUGGCCGCCGUGGUGUACCGGAAGCGGCAGGCCAACAUCCGGCGGUCCAGGUACGCCGACUACUCCGCGCGGCUCGAGCUCGUCUGACCGGCGACCGCUACCGUCCGUCCGUCCGAGCGCUACCGCGUAUGGUAUGGAGAUCGACGACUGGAGAUGCAAUCCUGGCUCUGAGAUCUGUGGGUCGACGUGCCGCACACAUACAGCGUUGUUUUGAUCCGUGUUAAUUAGGUUCACGCAUGGUGUCCAUUCUUGGGGCUCGGAGACUAUUACAUAAUAUUCUUUGAUUAGUGGGAGGUUGAGAUCGAGGAGAGCAAUAACAUUGGGUCGAGGAAGAGAAGAUUAUACUUGGAGUUUUUCUCUCUUUUGUACACUACAUACAGAGAUGCAUUACAUUAUAUGUAUUUUGACCAUUUGUCACUGGUACAAAUACUUACACUAGUUGAGUAAACAAAUAUAAGAGCUCUUAUAGUAUCCAAAAUGUUAUUAUAUUAUGAGACGGAGGGAGUACAUUGCAUUCUUGUUGUCACUGGGGUGGCUUGCAUGAACAAAGAGGUAGCCUUCAGAUCCAAAA